AUGGCUAAAUUAGUUCAUAAUGUUCAGAAGAAACAACACAGAGAGAGAUCUCAAAUUCAAAGCAGAGAGAAAUAUGGAUUACUAGAGAAGAAGAAAGAUUAUAAAUUAAGAGCAGCUGAUUAUCACAAGAAACAAGCUGCUUUAAAAGCAUUAAAGGCAAAAGCAAAAGUACAUAACCCAGAUGAAUACUAUCAUGCUAUGACUAAGAGGCGUACUGAUGACAGAGGGAUUCUUGUUGCUGAUAGAGGCAAUGAAUCUCUUUCUGUAGAUCAAGUCAAAUUAUUAAAGACUCAAGAUGUGAAUUAUAUACGAACAAUGCGUUUGAAUGAAAUGAAGAAAAUUGAAAAGGAAAAAGAUGGUAAGCUAUUUGAAGGUCUGGGUAAUCAUACCGUAUUUGUAGAUUCUGUAUCUGAACAAAUGGCUUUCAAACCGGAGGAAUUUUUCGAUACUGAUGUUUCAUUGGUUGAUAAUAGAGAAAAUAGACUUCGUUUAAGUCAAUUACAAAAUAAUGCUGGUGUUAUAAAACAAGAUGCAUUGGAUCCACAAAUCAAGGAUAAAAUGGAUAUGAAGAAGUUAAAACAAUUCAAACUUUUACAAAGAAGGUUAAAGAAGGAAAAAGAAUUAAAAGAAAUUGAAUCAAUAAUGAAUAGUAAAUUAGAAACAAUGAAGAAAGGUAACAAGAAGAAGAUUGUUGAUGCUGAAGGCAAAGUACAUUUUAAAUGGAAGAAUCAAAGAAAGAGGUGA